AUGAGUUAAAUAAGGCCACUUGGUGUGAAAGGUCAUCGCAAGGGUUCAGCACACAUACCCUUUAUUCGGCAAGAAUCAUAAACCUCACCUUCAAAUAAGAAAAUAGCUUCAUAAAAAAUGAUAGAACUCUAAUAAAAGCACAAGGAAUAAAGGCGAUAGCAACGAGAACGAGAGUCAAAACUAAGUAGUGAAAAAAUAGACAAAGAUGCCGAAGCCUUUGAAGAGGCCAUAAAUAUUUUAUAUGAAAAAGAACGUUUAAUUCAAACAUUUAGUUCUCAAAGUGAAAUAUAUUAGAUUCUGAGACUACUUGGACUUAUAAUGUGCGUGAGGGCCUAAGAUCAUUAAAAUGGGUUGGGAGUGGCAAAGAGAGAUGGUUCUUUCAGAAAAUAUAGUUCUAAUGAGGCUUCAUUUAGAAAUGAUAAAUUGCUCUACAAUUUUGAAUGCAUGCAAUACAAUAAAAUUUAAUCAAGCGUAAUAAAUAAUCCUACCAUUAUUGAAAUGAAUGGAGUAUUAUAAUUCACGUUGAUUUGCUUCGUUGCUAAAUAUGGACAAUUAAUUACUAAUCAACAUCUCGAUACAAAUCACGUAUUUUUGUGUGCUGUGGGUGCAAUGGCCUUAAACUUUAUAUGCUUGAAAUCUAUAUUCAAUUCAAAGACUAAGUAAAUCGCUCAUGUGACAUAUCUAAUAUUCUUCACUAAUCUAAACUAGGACUUUAAAAUGACUGUUUUCGAUUUCUUGUGCUGCGCUGCACUAUGUUAUAUCUCUUAUAUGAAACUUCUUGAGUUUCAAGUUAGAUAAUUUGAUGAAUACAAACGAGUCAAUCAACUUACUCAUAAAUAUGGAAGAUAUGAGCGCAUUUUCUCUAAUAUGAGAUUUGGAUAUGCAAUCUUGAGUUAUUAAAAUGUCCAUUUCCAAAAUGACAACUUUAGAAAAACAUUGGGGAUCAAAUAAGACUCUCAGAUAAGAAGAAGACAAAGAAUUAUGCAUUAAAAUGGUCAUUCAAAGUAAAUAGAUAUGAAAGGUGAAAAAUCUCAGCCACCUUAAAUAAAAACAGUCUCAGUGAUGGAAGAUAUGAUAAAUUUUCUUAGAAAUAAACCUACUGUGGAGAUCAAUGAGGAAAUUGAAUACUAAUUGGAAAAAAUAGAUUCCAGAAUAAACCAAAAAUAUUUGAGAUUUUUCAUUAUCACUUUCUAAUUCAUUCUCUGGGAUGGCCAGUAAAAAAUUUAAUUGACUGUAAGAGACGUUACUCAGGACAAGAAACUUCUAGAUCAAAGAAUGGUCUGUUAGUUAAGGAAUAUGAUGUUUAAGUCUUUCACUCAUGAGAUCAAAACUCCAUUGAAUGGUGUUGUGCAAACAAUUGAUUUAAGCAAUGGAAUACUGAAUAAAUUGUUAGAUGAAAAAAAAAAUUCUUACACUUCUCCAGAUAGAACAAAUCACAAGAAACUUCAAAGCUAUAUGAACUCAAUUGAAUCAGGAAUAUAUAUACUUUAGAAUAAUUUAAAUGAUUUGAUUGAUUAUUAAUUGAUCGAAAAUGGCGAAUUAAAGAUAAACUUUAAGUAGUUUAGACUCAAAGAAUGCUAUGACACCAUAAUUAAAAUUAUUAAGCCCUAAAUCUAGAAUGCGGAUGUCAAAUUCAUAAAUUUCUUGGACCCAAACAUACCUAUCUUCAUGGAAAAUGAUCAAGAUAGGAUUAUAAGAAUCGUGCUGAACCUAUUAUUAAAUGCCUAAAAAUUUACUCCGCAAGGCCAAAUUAAAUUCACAAUGAAGGGAAUAUCUCAAAAGAGGGAUAGCUCUACUCCUUAAAAUAAUUAUAUUAAAAACACAACUUUUGUAAAAUUUGAAGUCUCAGAUACAGGGCUGGGAAUUCCUGAUGAUAAGAAAAACUAUAUUUUUAAAUUACUUGAAAGUGACCUCAUGGCUCUUGGCAAUAUGCAUUAAAGUAAUCACUAAAAAUCCGCCAAAGUAGGAUUACCUAUUUGCCAACUAUUAUGCCAAAAGAUGGGAGGCUAGAUUAAGGUUAAUUCUUAAUUAGGUCAAGGUACUAAGUUUUGGUUUAUAAUUCCGGUGAAUUAACGAAAAGCUAAUCCAAGUACUUUUGGGGAUGCUGUUGACACCAAGACUUAAGGAAUUGAAUAUGAAGAAUCUGAUACUGAUGAAGAGAAAUUAGGAGCCAAUUCUCAAAGAUUUAGUAGCAAUGAUGAAGCCGAAAGUAACUAUGGGCUACCAGAAUAGUUAGCUAUGACUCAUUAACUUCAAAAUGAAAAUUUCCUUUGUUUAUUUCAGCAAAAUGUAUAUGAUGAGGACAACUUUUAUGACGAAUAUAAAUUUGAUGAUGAAUAGUCUGAAUUAGGAGGAGGUUUAUAAGGUUAAUUUGGUGGAGGCUUUUAAGGUCGUAAAUCUAGUUUUAUUCCAUACAAUAGCAAAAAUGCAAUAGUAUACUCCAAUAAUAGAUACCCUAGGAAAAAAAGCUAAUUUGCAUAUUUAACAUUCAACUAAAUCGCUGAGCAUUAAAAAUAUCCUUAAGAAGAAUUAAAGCUUAAUUAAGAUAAAUCUCCAGGAGGUAGAUCAAGAUCAAAUCAAAAACUUCAGUCUAGUGGACCUGAAUUUGGUCCAGACAAUGAACGAAAGCUUAAAGUUAAUAAAUCUUAUGAUUCCUUAGGAUUCAAUAAAGAAAUUAAUUCAAAUCAAAAUAGAUUUUAAUUGACAAAUAACCCAAGUCCUUAAAAGUAAAGCCGAAUGGAAGGUGUCAGAAAACUCAGAGUUAAUUCAAACUUCAGUAUCUUGAAGUAAAAUAGAUUAAGUGAGGGAUCUGAUCAAGACAAGUCAAUAGGCUUUAUAUCUGAUGAUGAUGAAAAUUGCAGAUUAGUAGGAGAUAAGCCAUUUAUCUAGCAAUAAGUAAAGCAAAGCAAAACUCAUAAUGAAGCUUAGAUAGGUUAAAAACUAAAUUAAGAAAUCAAUCCUCAAUUAAAUCAUACUUUGUAACCGACAUAAGUUGAUAAUGUAAACAUUGAGCAAUUAUUCUCAACUCCUUGUAAAUGCGCACAGAUUUUAAUAGUAGAUGAUAUUGAUAUGAAUAGACUAAUGGUAACUGAGAUUUUAAAGUAAAACUUCAAUCUUAUAUCAGAUUAAGCAAUUAAUGGCAAGGAAUGUUUAAAGAUUAUAAAGGCCAAGCAAUAUUCUGAAUGCUGUUCGAGCUAUAAAAUUAUCUUUAUGGAUUAUGAAAUGCCAAUCAUGAAUGGAAUUGAGGCUAUACAGCAUAUUUUGAUGAAGAGUAGAACUGCAAAGAUGCUGGAAUGGAUUAUUUUUGUACAUUUCAAUUUUUAAUCACAUUUAGUGGCAAAACCAGCUCCAUUAGCUCAUAUUGCUGCAACUUUGAAAGAAAUUCAUAGGCAUAUGCAAAAUAGGUUGGAAUAAUCAGAUAGACCUCCAGUUUAUUCCUAAGUUCCUCUAGAAACUGGCUUUUUCCUUAGAUAAAGUGACUGA